GGGGGAGGCAGAGUAGUGGAGCGACGCUUUCUUCGGCUCAUGAUGCCAGUGGUGCUGCCGCUCAAGUGUUGCGCGCUGAAGAGUCCCGACGCUCGGUGCCGGUAGAAGGAUGAGGAUGAUGAUGAUGAUGAUGAUGAUGAAGACUCGCAGUGGAAACGAGCGGAAAUGAAGAUGAAGAUCAGAGUGUGCCAAGGGGUUAGUGGCAUCAUCAUCGUUACCAUGGUUACCAGCUUGAUGUUGGUGUACAACAGCAGCUUCGGUGGCAGAUCCUCAUCAGCGUCAUCGUCGUCUUCUCGCCGCCUGGACGCUCCGGCUCCGUCCACCAAAAGGCCAGACAGACCGCAGAAACUCUCUGUGUCAACUCUGGAGGGCUACGCAGGUGUCAUGGAUCACAAGCCUCUGAAAAUGCACUGCAAGACCUGUGCCUUGGUGACCAGCUCCGGCCAGCUGACCGGGAGCAAGAAGGGCGAAGAAAUCGACCGCUCAGAGUGCGUCAUCCGCAUGAACGAUGCUCCCAGCGUGGGAUAUCAGCGGGACGUCGGCCGGCGGACGAGCCUGCGCGUUGUGGCUCACUCCAGCCUGCAGAGGGUGCUGCGCAGCAGGCAGGAGCUGCUCAACGCCAGCCAAGACACGGUGUUCAUCUUCUGGGGACCAAGCAGCUGCAUGAAAAGGGACGGAAAGGGCCACGUUUACAACAACCUGAGGCUGUUAAACCAGCUGCUGCCCAAACUUAAAGUCUACAUCAUUUCCCGGUUCAAGAUGCUGAAGUUUGAUGAAUUAUUUAAGAAGGAGACGGGGAUUGACAGGAAGAGUUCCAACUCCUGGCUGAGUACCGGCUGGUUCACCAUGGCCAUCGCUCUGGAGCUGUGUGACAGGAUCAACGUUUAUGGCAUGGUGCCGCCCGACUUCUGCAGAUCCUCCUCCCAUCCCACCAAACCGUAUCAUUACUACGAGCCCUCGGGGCCCGACGAGUGCUCCAUGUAUCUCUCCCACGAGAGGAGUCGACGAGGAAGCCACCACCGCUUCAUCACCGAGAAGACGGUGUUUGCAAACUGGGCCCGAACCCUCAACAUCCACUUCUACCAGCCCGACUGGAAGCCCGCCGCCGUCGCGUCCAACGCAAACAGCUCGCGCGUCCCAGUUCCAGCUGGAUCCUGAGACUCACUCCAGAGACCAGAGGAGUGGAAUAUGAGAGUGGACAGUUUCCAGUGUGCAGAUUCUCUCCCCUCUCUGGCCAAUGUGAGCACAUGAGACAGCAGUGGGACAGAACAAGCUGCUUGUGGCUGUUAGCUGACUGUCUAAGCAGCUUGGCAGAAUGGGAUCAUUGCAUAAUAGCAGCACAAAGCCUCAACAAUGUUUUGGAAGUGUAACUCUAAUAGGAUGAAUUUCAUACUGGAAUCAAAGCCAUGGAGGUUGGCUCAAGUGUGUGUGUGAUGUUUUUGAGUUUUGUUUUUUUUUACACAAUGUAGAGCUGCUUCAGUAACACUUGAGCUGUCAGAGAGGAGACAGACAAAGAAAAAGCACAACUGUAGUGCGGAUGAUCCCUUUUUGUUCAUUAGAACUGAAUCUUUGUAUUGUGUUGGUGACAUUUAGGGUAAUCACAGUAGGAAUUUCUGGAUGAUUUUUAAAGAAGAAGAUAUCAAUUUAGUCCACAUUUGAACAAAAAUGUACAAAACAUGUGACUGAACAUUUCAAUUAAAAGAUGUCUACAACAUG